GGAUUUACAGAGGUUUUCAACCCUCAGCAAAAAGCCUUACAGUCACAGCCUAGCCAGGUUGUAAAUCACUGCUGCUAGACAAGGUUAAGCAUUCAUUCACCCCAGUCACAGCACCCCUCCGCAUCAUUGACUCAUCUGAGGGAUUAAAGCAGCUGAGAUACUACCAUGUCGGGAGCAGAGGUUCUGGGCAUCAUUUCCGGUGCCAUCACUGUUAUCGAGGCUACGAUCACUCUUUACAAGACCGCCAAGGACUCUUCGGGUCUACCCCCAUCACUUCGAGAUGCAGCGUCUCGCCUCCCCCUCAUACAAGAGAGCCUCACGAUAGCCGCUCACGGCAUCCAAAAAGACUCUCAUCCACCAGAAUCCUACGCUGCUCUUGAAGCCGUUCUGCAAGCAUGUAGCGACAAAGCAACGCAGCUCCAUCAUAUUUUUGAGGCCAUGGUACCCCCAAGUGGAGCGACACGAACGCAUAGAUAUCUUAGGGCUGUGAAGUCUUUUCCCCAGGUUGACAAAGCCAAUGUACUGGUUGAGGGGAUCCUUGGGGAUCUGCAGGUUCUCACGCUGAACCAUGUUGUCAAGGCUGCUACGAGAGAGCAAAUUAAAGAGUUGAUGGGUAUGGGUAUGGAUAGAACUGUGGGCAGGGAACCAUCAAUGGUGCUGAAUAAUACUGGGAUUGGGAAGCAGUAUGUUCAUACAGGACAGGGAGAUCAGAACAUUGCAAGUAAUACGGCCACGCAAGUUAACGGGAACUUUCAUGGCGGAACAUUCAAUUUUACGCAAACAUGAUCCAUUGAUCAAGAUGAGAGUCUGGUAUACAAGCGAUGAG